UAACAAAGGCAGUUCUAGAACGCCACCAGAAGUUCUAGAAUUCUAGAAAAUCAGCAUGCGUUUGUUGCAAUUGGGGUUGUUUUUUGUCAUUCAAUUCCAGGCCGCCAAUUGCGACGCAACAUUUUCUCCAAAUGUGACGGUUGUCAGUUGUGCGUCUCAACGCGUAAUUAUACAAUUAGAGAAUGCUGCGGAGGACGGACUCAUUUUUAUACAAGGACGUGAUACCUCUUGUAGCAGAACCACUGUCGCGGAGAAAAGGAGUUACGAGUUUGAUUUUAAGAUGUGCAAUAUUGAAUAUGACGCUAAAUUCCGCAUAGUUGUUCAAAAGAAGAUCCGGUACCAGACCGGAAGUGACAAAGUAAUACCGGUAAUGUGCCUCGUAGAUACUAGCGACCUCUAUGUGUCAGCGGUAGUGUUUCCAGAGGAGAAGGUAGAUGGGAGCUCGGUGAACAAAACUGUACGACCGACAGUAAGCAUGCGUAUACUGGCAUCAGAAACUUUCAAAUCUGUUGAUGAAGUCUCCUUGAGCGACCAAGUAUUGCUGUCAUUAAAGCUGGAUAACCCCUACCUUGACGAUUUUGAUAUAAAAGCCAAGGAUUGUAGAGCAGAAAUGAUCAACUUGGUUGAAAAUGAGUGUUCCCAAGAUGAACAGCUAUUUCCAAAUUUUGAGAAAAAGGCAAGAGGUGACAUCACUUCCGGUUUUCAAGCAUUUCAGCCGACAAGUUUAGAUGAUGCAACGGAAGUAGAUGUAUCGUUUACUUGUAACGUGGCUGUUUGUAAGGGAGAAUGUCAUAAAAAAGUGUGUGGUACUGUAGAGGGCUGGGGUCGUAAACGGAGAGAUGACGGCGAUGAUGAUGAUGGUGAUGAUGAUGAUGAUGAUGACGUCGACGAAAUAUUUGAAAAAGUGACGUGUGCGACGAAACUUAAAGUGAAAUCCUCGAAGGCAAAUGAUUUUAUUUACGGCGUCACUUCGAAGUUGAAAGGACAACUGUGUGCCGAAAAGGUCGCCAUAGCGUCCGUCAUGGCUGUUACUGUAUUAAUACUCCUUGUGUCUUGGAUUGUAUGCGCAUGCGUGACAGUUAAGUUAAGACGAGUGAGCACCUUAUCUGAUGGUAAAUCGAAGACAAGCACACUAAGAAGACUUUCUGAGAAGAACAUCAAUUUUGCCAGAUCCGUUGGUAGACGCCUAUCCCACAUGCUCAACAUACCGGUCGGUUACAACGUGCGGGAGCCGAACAUGAUGCAUGAAUGUAUACCAGAGACAGAUCCGUCGCCGCCGACAAAACGGCGAGAUUCAGUCACAGUAAGCGGAGAGAUUGACAAUGAUUUAAAUUCUUUUGUUAACCAAAUUACCAUGCUGCCGUCAGAUGAGCAAUCAUGUUUUCGUAGACGAUUUGUUGAUAGUAGUUCACAAACAGAUCUUGAUUGUAGCAUGGCAGAUCCUUCAAAAUUGAAUCAGUCUCUACUAAAUUCUCUCAACCCGAAAAGUCAUCCAUCCUCUUUUAUUACUUCAAUUUCUAUAAAAUCUGGCUUGUCUGCGUCUAAGUCCAAGAUUGAACCGACUCCUAAAUCGAAUUCGCCCGUCGGUCCUUCAAAACCUAAAAGUGAGUCAAAUGAACUAAUAAAAUCUAGUAUAGAAAAUAUUAGCACUGAUCCGGUCAUAGAAUAUACGGCUGAUGACGUUCCUAAAGUCCGUAACGUAGGUCACUCUCAGGAAAGCAAGAAAUUCAACCUUGACCUUGCAGUGGAUGAAUAUGUUAAUAAUGCCAAUCUGGAUGAUUUUGAUAUGGAACCUGCUAAUACCGAUUCUGUUUUCACUGAUGAGAAAGGAACACCUAGGUUCUAUAGCGCUGAUGACAUCAUUCCUAAUCAAAUAGAAUUCGUCUCAAAUUAUAAACGUGAGCGAGCGAGCUCUACCCAUGUCUAAAAUGUUUGA